GGCGCCGGAAGUGGUCGCUGUCGCGCUGGUUCCGGUCUGCGGGGCGCUUUCGGACCUGGGAGGCGGGCCGCGGACCGGCCGGAGGUGGGAUCGCGCAUGGCGGAGGGUGGCGGUCCCGACGGUCGGGCCGGACCGGGCCCCGCAGGUCCCAAUCUGAAGGAGUGGCUGAGGGAGCAGUUCUGCGACCACCCGCUGGAGCGCUGUGAGGACACCAGGCUCCAUGACGCCGCCUACGUGGGGGACCUGCAGACCCUCCGGAGCCUGCUGCAGGAGGAGGGCUACCGCAGCCGCAUCAAUGAGAAGUCCGUCUGGUGCUGUGGCUGGCUGCCCUGCACCCCGCUGCGCAUCGCAGCCACUGCCGGCCACGGGAACUGCGUGGACUUCCUGAUCCGGAAGGGGGCCGAGGUGGACCUGGUGGAUGUGAAGGGACAGACGGCCCUGUACGUGGCCGUGGUGAACGGGCACCUGGAGAGCACCCAGAUCCUCCUGGAGGCCGGUGCCGACCCCAAUGGCAGCCGGCACCACCGCAGCACCCCGGUCUACCACGCCUCUCGGGUGGGCAGGGCCGACAUCCUGCAGGCCCUCAUCAGGUAUGGGGCGGACGUGGACAUCAACCACCACGUGAUCCCUGACCUCCGGCCCCCCUUCUCCCGGCGCCUCACCUCCCUGGUGGUCUGCCCCCUGUACAUCAGCGCGGCCUACCACAACCUGCAGUGCUUCCGGCUGCUGCUGCAGGCGGGGGCGAACCCCGACUUCAACUGCAACGGGCCCGUCAACACCCAGGGCUUCUCCAGGGGCGCGCCCGGCUGCGUCCUGGACGCCGUCCUGCGGCACGGCUGCGAGGCGGCCUUCGUGGGCCUGCUCGUAGACUUCGGCGCCAACCUGAGCCUGGUCCGGUGGGAGUCCCUGGGCCCCGAGGCCCGAGGCCGGAGGAAGGUGGACCCGGAGGCCCUGCAGCUCUUCAAAGAGGCCAGAAGUGUCCCCAGGGCCUUGCUGAACCUGUGCCGCGUGGCGGUGAGAAGAGCUCUCGGCAAACACCGCCUGCAUCUGAUCCCCGCACUGCCGCUGCCGGAACCCAUCAAGAAGUUCCUGCUGCACGAGUAGAGGUCAAGGGCAGCGGCCACAGCCCGGGAGGUGGUCUGUGGUGAAGUUGGCCCUCGUUCUGCCCCUCCAGCCCUGCCCUGUGCCUACUUGCUCUCGCUGGGCGCUCGGCGGGGCCGGCAGCCCUGUUCUCUGCGUGUAACCCCCUCAGGAAUCUCUGGCCGGGGCUUCGUUCUGCCCGAGUGUCUGUCUUGGGUUUUCGCAGCCGCCUGUGAGUGAGUGGCCUCGGCCCAAGAGCAGGUGCUGGCUGCACCGGGCCCGGGGAGACUCCGGAGCUUCCUGGAGCUUCUGUCUGCACCUUCCCUUCCCACUGUGAUUGGUGGUUCUUCCUCCUGACACCGAGUGGAGUGGGGGGGGGGUCUCGGUAAAAAAGCAUGGAGUAUAGAAUGGCAUUUCACAGACUUGCCGGUUUUUCCCGUGCGCCAGGGUCGACCUGAGACGUCUGUCACACAGGCACCCUUCCUCGCCAGGCCCUCGCCCCCCCCCCCCCGGGGCGGGUGGUCCUGCUGUCCAGUCCGGGAGGGUGUCCAGCGAGGCCCUGCGUUUGUUCACAGCCGGAAGGUGACGCUCGACGUUCCCCAGGCUGUGCCCCUCCUGGAGCCCGCAGGCCUUGGGUCCGCCGCCGCUUCGCUCUGGGGGGCUCGAAGACACCAGUGACUGGGCCUGGCCGCGCUCGCCCGCCUGGCCUGGGCUGCCCAGAAGUGUUCACUGCCGGACCCGCUGGGGAGGCCUGCAGCCAGCCUCUCACUCAGUCCCUGCACAUGACGCAGACGCCACCUGCCCAGCUGUCACUUGCCCCUGUCCAGUGUACCAAACACCUGUGGUUGCCAGUUGCUCAUCCUUUUUGGACCCGAUGUCUCCGUAGUUGCUCCUGGAACCUGAGAAAUGGGUAGCAGUGAAGGCAGGUCUUUCCCUAGCCUGUCUGGGGCGGGGGUGGGGGAGAUGGGGGAGAGAGAGCUGAGCUGUUGGCCCCUGACAUCUGGGGUUGUGGGUGGGGCUCCCUCACACCUGGGCUAAACAGCCAGGUGUGGGCUGCCCCUCCGGGUGCCGCUGUUGCCAGGAAAACCACGUCUGGUCAUGCGAGGCCUCAGGGCCACGGUGUGGAUCCCUGUGAUUCUGACCUUUGGAAGUGUGGAGAGAUGGGUGGAUGUCAAAUCUGGUUGGUUUUCUGUAGCAAGAGGAGCAUGAUCUGUAACAAUUGCGCUUACGACUGGGCUUGUUUCAUCGCUGUGUGUUUUGCCACCCAGACAGGCGGUGUCUGGCCCUGGCCUCCUGGGGCCCGAGGGCAGGAUUCCAAGCUGCCGCCUGUGCCACGGGUGGGUUCUGAGCUGGGGAGCGGGCUGCCUUGCAUGGGGUCUGAGGGGGGCCUCCUGUGGUUCAGGGGGGACACAGUCGCUGCAGGCCUGGCGCUGCCACCAGAUGCGGCCCCAGGUCGGGCUGUGCACUGCUCCUGAGGGACGGGCGCCUUGUUGGCCGAGCUCGGGUCCGGCCCUGCCAAUCAGGAGUCUGUGAGAGGGGAGGCCCUGCGGGUGGUGGACGCUGGUGAAGGCUGUUCCGCGUUGGCUGCAGCGGCUUCAGCUGGGCCGGGGCGUGUUCUUGGGGGAUGGGACCAAAGCUGGGCUGUGACUGGGCGGGGACAGCGGGAGGCAGGCCUUGCCUGGACGUUGGCAGGGGCCAUGGGGAAUUUGGAGUGUCAGCAGGUGGAUGCGGCCACUGGGUGGGGCUGAGGGGAGCUUUUCCAGUCCUGGCCCCCGGCCCCCCCCC